GUGCACAUUUGAACAGCGACUGCAGCGUCCAUCUACGGCAGCGCCUGCCUGGGUUGGAAUUUGGGAGCAACAAGGAAGAAGAGAAAUAUUCCUAUAGAGACAUACAAAGCCUGGUAUGGAUCACUGCAUCUCUGAGGAAUAGUCGUAGCCAAACCAGGCCACGAUGUAUGGUAGUUGAUGUAGCACUGAUGUAGCGUGGACUACAGACCCUGAAUGAACCCAUAUAGAUUUACGAGCCUGCCACGAGCGUUUCCACACGUUUGCCUUUUUCUGCAAAAAUCCGGUGCCGCACUUUACAACUCCUCACUAAUUGAGGAGGUGCACCCGCAAAGCAUGCGUACAGGAGAGCGCGCGAGGGGGUGUCAUAUGAAGCGCAUCUCUGGUUCCACUGUAUCAGCACAUCCACUGUAGGCUGCGGAGCACGGUUUCAAGUGAGGAGGUUAUUUUUGUGGUGCAGGCACCUCUGCAUCGCCGCACUCAUGGAGACCUAGUUAACAGCCGUAACAUUAUAUUUUUUCAGUGGCCUGAUUGUUUUAUAAUUCUGUACCAUAAACCUAUUCAAGUUUUUACAAGCCUAUGGUGCUGACACUACUGGAUGUCGGAAUUAUCUUGGAGCGACGCGCAGUUGGAGGUGAGCAGUCUGGAUGGACGGUCCUCUGACCUCACAGAGACGUCUCCCAGCCGUCAAGCGUAUCCGCCCGACAUUCCUUCCACUCUGAAGAUCUCUCACAGAGGAGUAGGUUCUCGUGGACUUCCUUCAGAAUAACAACCGACCUCCGGGAACGUAGCUCCAGAGGAAGGUGCUUGCAGCAGUGCGGUCCUCCAGUCCAGUUAUUGAAGCUCUGUGUGAGAGGAGCCCUCUUGAGCCUCCUCUCCCAGCCACGCCCCUCACAUUGUUGCCAGGGCUGAAUCUCUGCUGCCCAGGGAGGGGUCCCGACAUGUCAACCAAGGCCCCCAUCUACCUGAAGCGGCGGAGCAGGAAGGGGAAGAAGGAGAAGCUGCGGGACAUCCUGUCCUCGGACAUGAUCAGUCCUCCGCUGGGGGACUUCCGCCACACCAUCCACAUCGGCAGCGGUGGCGGCGAGGACGACCUCUUCGGGGACCUGUCCUUCCUGCAGGGGAAGUUCCACCUGCUCCCGGGCCAGCAGGGCCACAGCCUGUCCCAGCGCUCCAGCAUGUAUGGAGAGCCCUUCCAGUUCAGCCGCACGGCCAGCGUCAGCGGACACUUGCCCUCCUCGGAGAGCUCCCCCUUGCUGAAGAACGCCUUCUCUCUGCCCGUCAUCGGGGGCGUGCAGGCCAUCACUCUGCCCCUCACCUCCGCUCCCCCCCCUGCCCCCCAGUCGCCUCAGAGUGCAGCCCCUCCGCCCAAACCCCCCAGACUGCACCUGGACGACAGGGCCCUCCCCCUUGGCCAGGGUCCCUCCUCACCGUCAACCCAGUCGCCCUGCAGCACGGCCAGGUUCAGCCCACCCCUGCCCAGGGUCUCCUCGGUGGAUGACGUGUGCAUCCAGGACCCCUAUGUGGAGGACGACAGCCAGGAGCACUCCUACAUGUCCCAUGCUGGCUCCCUGCUCUCCCUGCACCUCGACCUGGGCCCCUCCAUCCUGGACGAUGUCCUGCAGAUCAUGGACAGCCACCGUCUGAACGGGCUCAACAGCACCUGUCUGCAGGGGGGCCUGCAGGGGAUCUACACCUGACGACAUCCACCCUCCUCUUCCCUGCCUGCACCCCCCUCCGCUCACUGUCUGCUUUCAGUCCUUCUUAGUGUAGAUGAGACAAGGGACUGUGAAGUCAGACACCCUUGCAGGAUCACAAGGCUGGGUAAUAGAGCACUCAUAUUAAGUGCAUUCUCCCGGCACUUUGCUUUAGUUGCUGUUAGUGUUUAAGCGAUGCUAAAUAUCUUCUACACUUUUCCCUCAUGUGAAAUGUCUUCGGUAAACACAUGACUCAGACUGAGCUGACACGGUUGCAGUACAGUAUGUCCUUUCUCCCGUUCCUCACAGACAACUACGAAGACUUUGGUGGAAGAGUGCACUGCGGGUCAGAAACGUUAGCAAGCAUGUGUCUUUUUUACUGCGUGUACUCCCUGUCUGCUGCCUGGCAACACAGAGGCCUGUGCUGCAUCACACAGCUCGCUCAGCUCUGUCGGGACCCAUUUUCGAAGCUCUGCUUGGUUCUGUUGGUGCUAUUGUUCUCAAAGACAGGCGGAUGGGGGAAAAAAGGAACUGUACAAAAAGGGGAUUCUCCGCAGGGACCAGAGUGUGAGAAGAGGUGACCUCCUUGAGUCUGUGACACAGUUCUCCUGCUUUUCUUUUUAAACCCAGUGACCGAUGAAACCAUGUGUUUAUGUGGAUGUUGAAUUGAGGGCCAGGGUGAGGAAGUGUACUCCAGAAAACGAGUUUGAAAGUUCAAUAACAGUUUCUGGCACACUGAGGCUUGAAAUAAUGGAUAUAAUAAGAUGUGCAGUAGCUACAUUACCCUUUACUGAAAAUAGUUUAUAAUGAGAUUCUCACCACAACUGCAAACCCCUGUAGGAUUCUAUGCACUGUCUCUAUUACGUUAAGUAACCAAAAAUCACCAUCUGUUUUGGGGAAAUCUAAACUGGUUAUAGCUUUUGUAGAGAUAUGUAUGAUGGAACUGUACAGUAUGCAGUACAGUAUUUUUGAUAUUACAUGGGCAAUGCAAGAAUACUACAGUAUUCUGAACAGCUUCAUGGGUUUGUUUUUCCUCAAUUAUUACUGGUAGGUAUGAUGGUAUGAUUAUAAUAUAGCAAUUAUCUUUUUAUUUUAUUUUAAGGCUCUCUGAUUCACUUUAAGGUAGUAUAUGGCAUACUUUUGAAUUUGGUGAUGAUGGUUUAGUAACCAUUGAAGUCCACCAUGCUAUUAGAAAGGGGCCCAUAGCACAUGUAACUAAUAGGCUUUUAUUCUGGAUAGUACUGAUACAGUAACAAUGAUAACAUCACACAUUUAGCAUGCACUUGGAGGACAAAGUUGUUGACAUUUAAAAUGUACCGAACAAAAGCACUAGAAAUCUAUUUUUUUUGUCUGUGUCUCACACAGAAAUGUCAACUUGCAAUAAACCUGCUGUAAUUACAUGCUUUUUAUGAUGAACAACUGUAUAGCACCACUGUUAUCAGAUCAGUCUUUUGUUGUAAAUGUUGAUGUCCUCUUUGGGAUAUACACUCGUCAGAUACAAUUUCACUACUGAGUUGAGCUAGAUAUGAAAUAAGUAGGAGUCUGGCCCAGUGCUAUCGUCCUUUUGCAUGCUCAUGAAUCGUAAAUCCAUCCUCUGAAAAAAGCUCCUGGGUUCUUGACUUGUGAGUCUGUGCAGAGCUGGGGGCUUUAUCACUGGCAGUAUAUCAGACACACACAGUACUCCUCAGCCCAGAGAGGAUGAGCUAGCUUGAGAUGAACUGUCCAUCUAACUGCUCCAGAUAACUGGGACCGUCAGACGGCGUCCUGGCUGGUGUUGUGUAACAGUACAGCGUCAGUACAGUGGCGUGCUACUGACAGCUCUUUGAGACACCAUGCUUCAGCCAGGACACUCAGCAACUGUUGCGAAUCAGCUGUGUGGAGAGUACUGGUGUUUACGCUGUUUUAACCUACCUAGCACCUCCUGAAUGCUUCUCAUCAGUCACUGCAACUGCUAGUACAGAUAGUUUGAUUGAUACAGAUGAUUUAUAUGCUGUAUUGACUUUGGUCUUCCUUUUUUAAGCUGUGAUAUGUAUGGUUUUUAGGAUGGAACAAGUUCUGGCAUGUUUCAGAAUAAUCGUAUCUAGCCUCUUAUAUCAGACUGACCUCCUUGUUUGUGCUGUGUAGGUCUCUAUCAUAGUGUACUUUACUUCUUCAAGGCAUCAGGCCGGUUGCACAAAGCACCUUAAGUUUUUUCCUUAAGUAUGACACUAAAGGGUAGAUUUCUCCUUAGCUAAGGGAUUUACUUAAGGGGGUUGCACAGAAUCCCUUAAAUGGUUUCCUUAGCUAAGGUGAAACGUUAAGGGAUUUACUACAUUAAACGUGAUUUCACAGCAGUAAAAUUCGACCGUUUCCACGGUGACCGCGUCUGUUCAGUUUUAUCGUUAGUAGGCCUACAUCACCUUACAAGAGCUACUGUAGAGCUAAAAUUUGGAAAAAAAGUGCAAGAAAACCGAAUUGGUCAGAGGAGGAAAAGAUUGUCCGUCUACAGGAAUAUAGCAAAAGAAAACACAUACUGAAAAGUAAAUUCGAUCCGCACAUAACAGCCCACAAAAAACUACGAAUGUGGGAGGAAAUAGCAACCAACAUAAACUCACGAAGUUUGAUCAAAUGGUCAAUUUCAGAAAUUCAAAAAAAAUAUGAUAACUUAACUGUAAUGUCCAAAAAAGAGAUCACGCAUUUCAGGAGGGAGUCCAACAAAACUGGUGAGAUCAACUUUACUUGUAGGUGUAGCUUACUGUAGUUGCUACUGUACACAGUAACGUUUUGUAACAUUUACUGUUACAGUAGCUAGUCGAGGUAGACUAGCCGACCCGUAAAUAGCCUUCAUGUUUAGACUGCAGCAGCACAGUAGCCUAUACAGAGUGCUAUAAAACAACUACAUUGACAUAAAAUACAUUUUGUUUGGAAUACAUUUUCAGGUGGUGGUCCACCUCCAAAACCACUUUCAGAUGAGGCAGUGAUGGUAGCAAACAUCAUUGGUAUCGACUCAACUGUAAACGGUCGGACAAUUCGUAAAUUGACUGCCGGUCAAAUCUAUAAUUUAAGAUCAAUUGCUCAUCAUUAAGUGUAUCCAUUGGGUUUUCGCGGUCGCGGAACACUUCUUGGGAUAGGCCUACGUUCAUUUAUAUCCAUAAACUCGGCCAUGUUGCGGAUUAAAAAUGAACUAGAGGUACCUUAAAUUUUCUUCCUUAGUUUGGUUGCUAAGGUCUUUCGUGCAACGCUUUAACGAACUUUAAGGGAUUCCUUAAGUAUAAGACGAAGUUAAGGAGAAAACCUUAAAUACUUAAGGGAACAUUUAAGGAAACCUUAAGGAAAAUACUUAAGGGUGCUUUGUGCAACCGAUUACAUUUUAAGGAAACCUUAACUCUGACUUUAAGGAAAAUCUUAACUUAAGGUGCUUUGUGCAACCGGCCUUUGUAAAUAUUUUAAUCACCAGACAUUAUGCUCCAUGCAGUGAACAGCAUCCACCUACCUUAUCAAGGUUCUCAAGGUUAUCCAUCACAAAACCAUUACGGAUCAUUCCUUUUAGUUAAGCACUGUUCAGAGUAUGAUCAGAAAUUCUUAUGUCGCUGCUAUCAACAAUUAAAAUAACUGUCUAUUUGAAUCAAUAAACUCAUUGAAAAU